AUGUCGCUAACAUCAUCACUGCUUACUGUGCAACAAUGUUUGACAAGAUAUGGAAUGUUGGUUUAUACUGUAUUUGGUAGUAUUGGCUUACUUAUUAAUGCCGUUAUUUUCACUCGAUCGCUUCAUCGUCGAACAUCUGUAAAUCUCUACAUGUUAAGUACGACAUGGUGCGCCUUGAUCGGUUUGCUUGUUACAGCUAUUCCAAUGAUUUACGAAGUUGAUAAUUAUAAUCCGUUGACAACUUAUCCAUUUUAUUGUGAAGGUAUUUUUUAUAUCCGUCAUGCGUUCAAUCAGAUGAUGCGUACAUUUUUCAUUCUGACCUGCAUUGAUCGAGCUGCUGUAUCAAGUAUGAAUCCUAACAUUCGAUCAUUUGGUAACUGUAGGAUUGCAAUUCGAAUGAUUCCUUCUGUCAUCAUCUUUUGGCUGGCAGUUGCUUGGUUUCCUUCUAAACAACGCGCAUUGGUGAACGGCAGAUGUGAUGUGGGUAGUGGCAUCCAUGCUAGUUUGUAUUGGAUAUACGUCACAGUUGCUGUAGGCAUUAUUCCUUUCCUGUGUAUGAUAACAUGUUGUUUACUGUUGAAGAGAAAUUUACAGGCGAUGCGAAGACGCGUUCAACCGAUUUCAAGCGAUCAACCCUUGACGAAUUUGACUCUUCGCAAACGGGAUCGAGAUUUAUUGCGAAUGUUGUUCGUCGAAAUCAUUUGCUACACGUGCGCCAUAACUCCACUUGUAGUGUUAUUUCAUUAUAAACUCAUCACGCAAUCAAUGGUGAAGAGUCAAAAUUCUCUAGCAAUCGAGUCUUUUUGCUAUUAUUUCACUGGGUCAUUUCUACUAUACAUUAAUAAUUGCCUUCCGUUUUGGAUCUAUUUGUCUACUUCGCAAUCAUUUAGAAUAGAAUUCAAGAAUUUAAUCAUUAACGGCUAUUCAAUCGUUCGUAAUACAGAAAUACCAACAAUGAGAACCAACUAA